AUUAUAUAAAUGCUUCCAAUAAAGUUAUAGCUAUCUAACACCAUACCAAACCACGACCUAAUUAUCUCUCAAACUUAAUACCUUUAAUCAUUUUUCAAUUCCCAGAAUAGUUUUUGAUCGAUUCAUAAUAUCUAGCUCCAGAUAAAUCAUCGCCAUGGAUCCAUCAAAGCCAGGUGCAUCAGCCCUUGAAAUAGACACAAAGCCACAGCCUGCAUACCCACCCCCCGUGACCGGCAUUCCAGUGGGAUAUGCAAGCCCGUAUAUCAAUGAGAAUCCGCAGCAUCCCCAAUAUCAUCAUCAACAGCGGCAGCAUGGCCAGCAGGCUCGUUGGUCCUCUGGCCUCUGUGAUUGUUGUUCCGAUGUCCCUGGUUGUUGCCUCACGUGUUGGUGUCCAUGUAUCACUUUUGGACGGAUUGCUGAGAUUACAGAUAGAGGAACAACACCUUGUGCUGUGAGUGGAGCAAUUUAUGGAUUGCUUAUGUGCUUCACUGGUUGCAGUUGCCUGUACUCUUGCCUCUACCGGUCCAAAUUAAGGACGCAAUACAUGUUAGUGGAGAGUCCUUGCAAUGACUGUUUGGUUCACUGCUGCUGUGAGUCUUGCGCCCUGUGCCAAGAGUACCGCGAGCUCGAGCACCGUGGAUUCGAUAUGGCUAGUGGUUGGCAAGAGAGUUUGCAGGGACCAAGUGGCACCGUGGUUCCAUCGGCUCCGGUAUUUGGACAAGGCAUGACCCGAUAGAGUGGGUGAUCUACUGGAUACUAUCAUGCUACAAGGAGUAAAAAUGAUGUCAGUUUGUGGAGAACGUGGCAUCUUCUUAUUGGAUUACUUACAUACUCUUCCUUGUUUCUUUAUUCUGUUUUAUCCUCAAAACAUAUACAGAUUUUAAUAUGGUUUAUCCAAUGGCAUGUGCGUGUAAGGCAUAAACUAUAGCGGUAAUAAAUGAAGCUCUGAGCUUGCUUUUGUUUUUGUGUUUUCAA